AAUGUGGGAGACUAGUUGGUUUAUACUUCUGGAAAAUGUAUAAAAUAAGAAGCUGACAUAGAAAUGUUCAGUUGCAGUGAAUCUUCAUCCAAAUACACUAGAACUUGGAGUUUUAGAGUAAAUUCAGAGAUCUUCUCUUAUCAAUAUGAAUUGGCGAGAAUUACUGCUCUACGUCACGUUAACCCUGAGCUUACUGAAUCAAACAAAUGGACAAACACCGUGUGAAACACCAAACGGAAAUAUAGGUGAAUGUAUAUCAAUUUACGACUGUCCUGCAGUUCUUCGUCUACUACUCAAUUCAAUGAUGACCCCAGAUACAAUAGAAGGCCUUAGGAAAUUGCAAUGCAGCGGCGAACCAAAUAAGGGUGUUUUUGUUUGUUGCGAGCAAAGUAGAGUUCGGAUGAGUUCGGACGUGCGUUCGAAUCAAAUUGUAACGCCAAGCAACAAUCGAGGAAAUAGAAUCUCCCCUCGUUGCGGAUAUGAAAGAUUAGGAAAGAGAAUAAUAGGAGGAACUGUAUCAAAUAUAAAAGAAUCUCCUUGGAUGGCUCUUCUGGAAUAUGAGCGCAAAAAUGGCACCUGGAUUCAUGCAUGUGGAGGGUUUCUGAUCAGUAAUAGAUAUAUUAUUACAGCAGCCCACUGCGUUGUAGGUGAAAAAUUAGACAAAUUAGGUAAAUUGGUGAAUAUCCGGAUUCGUGAGUACAAUACUUCAACCGAUCCGGAUUGCAUUAAUGAUGGUACUAAGGAGAUUUGCAACGGUCCGGUGAUGAAUUUUGGCAUUGAAGAAAUUAUUCCACAUGAGGAUUAUAUUCCGGACAAUCCGUUCAAUAUUCAAAACGACAUUGCACUCAUACGUUUGACGGGGAAUAUUGGAGACGUGAAUCCUAUCUGCUUACCAUCACCUGAUUUUCCUGGGACACCAGUCGGAAGUAAUGUCACAGUUGCUGGCUGGGGCCGAACCUUAGAUCAAAAACGUAGUACUGUUAAAAUGAAAGUAAGCAUCCCAGUUGUUAGUUUUGAACGAUGCCUUGCAGAGUAUGCUAGAAAAACAAAUCUUUCAAAAGACUUGCAAAUCUGUGCUGGAGGUGAAUUCCUAAAGGAUUCUUGUGUUGGGGACUCAGGAGGACCACUAAUGACAAAACAGAGAUAUGGCUGGAUUGCUGAAGGUAUUGUUUCCUUUGGAAUAGGUUGUGGAUCAGAAAUCUCUUCAGUCUAUACAAAAGUAUCUGCAUAUGUGCCAUGGAUUCUUAGCAAUAUGAAACCCUAAAGCAGUCUUCAGACUAAAGGUUUAACCCAGUUCCAGAAAGCCAGCAAUCGUUUUUAUUAGUUUUUCAGAAUGUGAAGGAAGUUUCUCAGAAUAUAACAAGUCAUUAAUCUUUAAUAAUUCAA